UCUCUCCUCUCAUCACCCUCUGCCUCCGCGACACGACGAGCCUGAUCCCCGUCCGCACCAGAAGCGAAACAGAGCAAGAGAAAAACCCGGAGACGCCUCCUCGAUCGACCGACUUCAUCUCUCACACCAUGCUGCGUGCGGCCGGGAAGAGGCUGCUGAUCGGCGCCGCGGGGACCCGCCCGUUCGCCGGCGCCGGAGGUUCAUCCUCCUCCGCGGCGGCGCCCGCUGUAGCGGCGAGGCGGGGGUACCACGAGCGGGUGGUGGACCACUACAGCAACCCGCGCAACGUGGGGGCGUUCGACAAGGACGACACGGACGUCGGCACGGGCCUCGUCGGCGCGCCCGCCUGCGGGGACGUCAUGAAGAUGCAGAUCCGCGUCGACCAGGCCUCCGGCACCAUCGUCGACGCAUGCUUCAAGACCUUCGGCUGCGGCUCCGCCAUCGCAUCAUCCUCCGUCGCUACCGAGUGGGUGAAGGGGAAGCAAAUGGACGAAGUGGUAGCGAUCAAGAACACAGAGAUCGCGAAGCAUCUGUCGCUGCCACCGGUGAAGCUCCACUGCAGCAUGCUCGCUGAGGACGCCAUCAAGGCCGCGGUGAAGGAUUACGAGGCUAAGAAGGCGAAGCCGGCGAAGGCAGACGAGUAGGCCUCAGGCAGCUCGUGCCGUCUGAAGUCCGACCUGAAGCUACAAUAAAAAUCCAGAAGCUGUGCAGCUCACUCCCAUGGAUAAAUCACCAGACAGCAUGUAGAGCAACACAGCAUGUACAUAUUAUAUGGUACUGCAUAAACAGAGUGAAGGUGGUGAUGAUCCCUGUUGAUGAUGAUGUUCUCUCUUCAUCCCGUCGGAAUAACGAGCAAUAAGGAUUUUACGGUGUACUAUAUGUUGUAAUCAAUCGUGUUUGGCUUA